UCUAUUGCCACGUUUACCUAUUGACAGAAGACGUAUUGAAGGAUCUCUCCCCAAAAACUGGGUGACUUUUCGUCAUGUUUGUUAAAAUAAUAUCGUUGCUUUUGUUAAGCUCUUUUAUAUUAGCUGAAGACAUAAAAGAAGAGGAAGGAGUCCUUGUUCUAACGACAACAAACUUUGAGCAGGCCAUCGCAGAUAAUGAACAUAUUCUCGUAGAAUUCUAUGCACCUUGGUGUGGUCAUUGCAAAGCUUUGGCUCCAGAAUAUGCCAAAGCAGCUCAACUUUUAAAGGAUUCUGAUUCCAGUAUUAAACUAGCCAAAGUUGAUGCCACUGUUGAAAGUAGCUUGGGUGAGAAAUUCGGAGUAAGAGGAUACCCAACACUGAAGUUUUUCAUAGGUGGCAAACCCAGCGAAUACCAAGGUGGCAGACAGGCCAAUGAAAUUGUUAACUGGUUAAAGAAGAAGACUGGUCCCCCAUGUACAAGCCUUGAUGAUGUUGCUGCUGGCAAGAAAUUUGCUGAAUCUGAUGACGUGGUUGUUAUUGGAUUCUUCAAGGAUCUUGAAUCUGUUGAAGCCAAAGCCUAUGAAAAUGCAGCCAGAGAAAUUGAUGAUGUUCCUCUUGGAAUCACAUCCAAUGCUGAUUUGUUUGCAGAGUACAAAGUAGAAAAAGACGGAGUUGUCUUACUUAAGAAGUUUGAUGAAGGACGAAAUGAUCUUGAAGGAGAUGUUACUUCUGAUGCUGUCAAAACAUUUGUUGCUGGCAACCGUCUCCCAUUGGUUGUAGAAUUCACUCAGGAGAGCGCCCAGAAAAUAUUUGGAGGAGAGAUCAAGAAUCACAUUCUGUUGUUCAUCAAAAAAUCUGCAGAUAACUUUGACAGUGUCAUUGAAGGAUUCAAAGCAUCUGCAAAGGAAUUCAAAGGAAAGGUUCUUUUCAUCUAUCUUGAUAUUGGAGAUGAAGAAAACGGCAGAAUCCUGGAAUUCUUUGGACUGAAGAUUGAUGAAUGCCCAUCUGUUCGUCUUAUCAACCUUGGAGAAGACAUGAGCAAAUUCAAGCCAGAAACUGAUGAUCUUGGCACAGAAGCAAUUAGUAAAUUUGUAAAUUCAUUUUUGGAUGGUAAGAUGAAACCCCAUCUGAUGUCUGAGGAAGUUCCAAGUGACUGGGAUGCAGAAGAAGUGAAAGUCCUUGUAGGAAAGAACUUUGAUGAAGUAGCCCGCGACAAAUCCAAGGAUGUAUUUGUUGAAUUUUAUGCUCCUUGGUGUGGACAUUGCAAGCAGCUUGUUCCCAUUUGGAAUGAACUGGGAGAAAAGUUCAAGGAUAAUGCCGAUGUUGUUAUUGCGAAAAUGGAUGCCACAGCCAACGAAAUUGCUGAUGUGAAAGUUCAGAGCUUCCCCACCCUCAAAUACUUUCCAAAAAAUAGUGAGGAGAUUAUCGACUACAACGGCGAGAGAACAUUAGAAAGUCUGGUCAAUUUUGUGACGAGCGGUGGAAAAGAAGGUAAUGGUGAAGCUGAUGACGAUGACGAUGAAGAGGAUGAGGAAGAAGAAGAGGAGGAGGAAGAGGACGAUGAAGUGCCCAGGGACGAGUUGUAGAUCAUCCUUUUAAAUUGCAUUUGUCUUCAUUAAACCUCUUCUAUUUUUUUUUAAAGUGAAUAUCCAGGUACCUUUAAUUGUGAUUUUUGCUGGAGGCAGCUGGAUAAAAAUAUUUUUACUGAGCCUCAAUAUUGCUGAUAAUGGGGGUUGGAUGGGAAGGAAAAGUUGUAUUCUAUGGGGAGGAAGUGAAAUUAUCAUUUUAUUUGAACAUUUGUUACUUUUGUUUUUUUUCUUCUUUUUUUUUCUCCUUUUAAAAUGGUGAAAAAAGUUAUCUUCAGUAAGGGGAGAGAUCACUCCAAUACUCUUCAGUUUUAGUUGAAAUCAUGUCUUCUUUCAUCUUCAAUAUUAUGAAGUUGUAAUGGGGAAAAGGUAGAAUGUGUGUGAACGUGGAUAUGCAUGUGUUUUGAAAAAAGAACAGUGAGAUGUGUACAUUUUCAAAAUAUCAAAAUUCCAUUUGAAUUUGAAUGAUGAAUACUAGAUUUGAAUGGAUUGUUUGUGAUGAACUGUUGGUGUAUGAUGGUGCAAACUUACAAAUAUGUGCUUUAACUAAAUACUAAUGUGAGAUGUAUGUUACCAACAAACAUUUAUAAACCUCAAGAUACUUAUUAGAUAUAUUUAUGAAUUCGAGAAGGAUGAGCUUUCUGUUUUUGUUGAAUGUGCUAAAAGAAAUUGCCAUACAAUUUUUAUAAACAAGGUAGUCAACUAAGAUUGAAAAAAAUAAAAUAUACAUCUUGAA